AGCCAUUGCCAGAAUUAGCAGUUAUCGAAGUAUAUUUGUUGUGCAUUAAAAAGGAGGAACACAAACAUGAUUGAGAUAACUUGCAAUGACCGUCUGGGCAAAAAGGUGCGUGUAAAGUGCAACCCAGACGACACAAUUGGGGACCUUAAGAAAUUAAUAGCGGCACAAACUGGUACAAAGCAUGAGAAGAUUGUGCUGAAAAAGUGGUACACCAUCUAUAAGGAUCCCAUUCGCCUAUCCGAUUAUGAAAUUCAUGACGGCAUGAAUCUGGAGCUCUACUACCAAUAGGCUACUCGGUCCAAGAAGCUGUUGUACCUAUACAAAAAGUCUUUUAUAUUCUAUGAUAAUGUAACAAAACAUAACAUAUUAAAUGUAAAUCCUGUUUUUAUUUAAGAAAUAA